CUCGCUAGCACAGUCUCUCUCGGUUCGAAUUAAAACCCCCAAAACCACUCUCUCUUAAACCCUAACCAGAAACUCAAAAGAUCGUAACUUUAUCGAUCAGAAAUCUCUGUGGGGCCAUGCCAUCGUUUCAGGAUCGGGUUUCCAAGCACAUAUUUGCUGCAGUUUCUAAUCCAUUUCGCCAAUCAACGAGCUUGUCGACGAAGCUGCAUCGUUUUAGCACCACCGCCGAUCGUGGCGGUGAAAUGGAAGCAGCAUCAGAGCAACAGCCGCCGGAUCCCAUACCCAAUAGGCCCUUGAGAGGCCAAAGACUAUCAAAUCCCCAAACUUCCAAUCUCCAAUUCCUCAACAAAAACUCACCCAUUUCAGAGAGAAGGAGAGAGAGCCCUUCUUCUCCGCCAUUGCAGGACAGCAGCUUUCUUGAAAAGCUGAAGCUGGGACUCGACAAGUCGAAGAGGGAGGAGCCGCAGGAAGUUCCCGAGCCGCCGCAGCCGCCGGAAGAAGCGGACCAGAUAUUCAAGAAGAUGAAGGAGACGGGUCUGAUUCCGAAUGCGGUGGCAAUGCUUGACGGGCUAUGCAAAGAUGGUCUGGUCCAGGAGGCCAUGAAGCUUUUUGGGUCGAUGCGCGAAAAGGGUACGAUUCCUGAGGUUGUUAUAUACACUGCUGUGGUUGAUGGCUUUUGCAAAGCACAGAAGUUCGAAGAUGCUAAGAGGAUUUUCAGGAAGAUGCAGAGCAAUGGGAUUGUUCCUAAUGCUUUUAGUUACACUGUGUUGAUACAAGGGUUGUAUAGAGCUAAUAAUUUGGAGGAUGCUGCUGAAUUUUGUAGCGAAAUGCUGGAAGCCGGUCACUCGCCCAAUGUAGCUACUUUUGUCGGGUUGAUUGAUGCGGUUUGUAAGGAAAAGGAUAUGGAAGAAGCUGAGAGUGUUAUUGGGAAGUUGAAGCAGAAGGGGUAUAUGGUUAAUGAGAAGGCUGUUAAAGAGUUUUUGGACAAAAAGGCACCAUUUUCGCCGAGGGUUUGGGAAGCUAUCUUUGGGAAGAAUAAGUCACAGAGAAUGUUCUGAAUUCUCUUUGUUAUUAGAAGCAAAAGAAAUUCGCAGAGUAGGAUAUUAUGGGAUUCUUCUUGCCGACGGAACAAUAGGGCCGGAGUCAGGAGAUGGCGGUGCUAGUGCUAGUUGUGUGUUCACACAUUGUGAUAGAGGUAGUACAUGUGGGUAAUGCCUAGAGGAGAAGACAAAGAUUGCGACAGCAGUAGUAAGUUUAUAUCAGUAGCAGAGCAACAAUAGCAGUAACACAUUUCUGGGUUAGAGUUAGGAAUUAGGUAAAUCGAUGACUUGAAGAUUAGCUUCCAUGGAGUGGAGGUAGUGAAGCUAAGGGUGUGACUAAGGUCGUGAUCGUGGAAUUGGUAGCGCUCCUAGUUGACUUACCUUCAUGAAUGGCUGUGAUCUCCAUAUUCUGAAUGGGUGAAACAUAAAACUGACCUGUUGAAUUUGCUACGUUAUUUGAAGCAUUGUGAAGAUUGACACGGUUCUGCAUAGGUGUCUAGAGGAUAGUUCCCCUCUGUAAAGGCUACAGCUUUUGAUAAGUGAUCCUAAUAAAUUGGUGCAGUUUUCUCGUUUGUGAUAGAGUUGCAACGGUACAGGGUGGUAGACUUUUUUUUUUAAAUUUGUGGAAGCUCGAUCGUAGAUGGACAUACAAAGUUCUACUGACUCUCAUUUACUUGUGUGGUAUUUUUUUUCAAUCUGUCAAAACAAAGAUUGUUCCUUUGUGACCGAAAAGUCACGGGUUCAAGUCAUGGAAAUAGCUUUUUUGCAAA